UGUGCUGGCUCUGCAGUGUCUGAUUUAUAUUGUGGGUGGUGCUGACUAGACUGUACUGUGCUGUGUUGUGUUGGUGGUUAUCUGGUAUGGUAGGAGACAAACCCUAUUGUCUGAAUGUGAUGUUGCAGAUACCGAAAGCUGUUCUUUGCUGUUUUGCAAUAUCAAGUAUAAUUGCAGCUGGCAGCGAAAAUGUUAAGAUCAAAAUUGUGGAGCCACCCUCGUCUACUCAUUUCCAGUCAUUUUCUAACUCAGCUAAAAAGCUAUCUUUAAGAAUAGAUCCAGCUCCACUUUCAGGCCCUGAUCACUUUCAGAAGCUAAAUGGAGAGUGUUUCAAGGGAAAAGAGAAAGGGUACGAAUACACUGUGUGUCCAUUUCAAAAUGUCACUCAAAAGGAAGAGCGAUCCAGCUGGAACAGCUUUCAUGGUGUUUUGGGAGUGUGGCAUGAGUGGAUUAUUGAGAACGACACACUGAUAGGAAUGCAUUUCACCGUGGGAGAAAGGUGUGGCCUUUCAGACAGAGAAUCUAAGGUAAUGCUGAACUGCAGUACUCGUACUAAGCUACACAGCAUGUCAGAGCCGAGUACCUGUGUGUACACCAUUUGGAUGGACACACCACUGGCUUGUCUUAGGGGAGCCAUGCAAGUUUAUCAUUUCCUGACCGAUGAUCAACUUAAGGCUUGGAACACUUUUGACGACGAAUACAUACGGGAGGAGAUUACAUUUCAAGGUCUCACUAAGCAAAGGAAAAAGAUUUUAAUGGAGGCAGGCUUACUGAGACCACAUACUAAGCCUUCAGAGGAGAAGGCUACGACCAACGACAAUGCUCUACAACCAAAGGCUGUAUCUUCUGACGCCAGCUGUGACAAGGAGAAAGAGAAGCUACAAAUUGAGUUGAAUAUGAUUCAAAGCAAAGUUAACUUACUAGUUAAAGGCUAUCCUGCUAUUGCAACCAUACUAGGAUUCGUAUCGAGCAAUGAAACUCAAGCUGGAAAUGACCAUACCCCCCAGACCGAGUAUCCUACCCAUGAAAUGAACUCGACUGUACCUACUUCAAUGAAUAUCUCAACACAGGCAGAAACUACAAAAUUACUCUAGGUAGGCAGCUAGUGUAUCUGACUGCAUUAAAUAUGAUUGCUAUAUCUUCAUCAUCAGACUAUAUUAAUUUUUGUUGGUAAAAAUAUACAUGUAUGGGACAAUGGUUAAAGUUAAAGUAAAAAUG